CCCCCUAUGUGCGGGCCCCAUGUGUUAUAUAAAAUGCCAAAAAAUCAACCACCCACCUCACUAAUGUGUCUUUUCUGUAAAACAUCUGUGAGCAAAAAUUUUGUAAAUGUAGUGCAACUAUUUUCCCUUGGUGGUGGGCCAGAAGGCCUGCUAGCCACUUGGUGGGAAUUACACCGGUUGUGUUGGUUUCACGACAAGUCUUAUGCUCUACUCCCACUUCCUACCUCUCGUGGAGGUGAAAAUGCACGACUCUAGUAUAUUAAGAACGACCUCAUGGCGGCGUAUAUCAACACUUGGCCUUUUCAUAAUAUUCCUCAUGUGUGAUUUUCUGGUGGUUUUGAUAAGAUAUCUCAUAUAAUGCAUCAAACUGUUGACUUUAAAUCAUGUUUUUAUACAAACAUUUGUAUCUUGCUCAUUUCAAUGCUAAAUGGUACUUCGGCGAUCGUGGUAUCUUUUGCUUCAACUAAGCAUCAACGAAUGAGGUGUAGCAUACAAAGACACAUGGGCAUGCAAUGGAGUCUUCUUGUAGUCAAUAUAAAUUCCUUUCGAACAAUAAUUUUUUCAGCACGUAAUUACAUUUUGCAAUUUAUUUGUCUGGUCUUAGUAUGCAAUUCUUACAACCAUUUGAUAAUUCAGAGAUUUAAACCUUUUUUGUGACUUGUGCAGCUAUAAUCAAAAGUUGAAUAGUUGCUUCUUUUUAUGGAGAUAGGUUGAGGAUCACUGGUACAGUUUGGCCAGAAAAAUAUUAUAUUAUAAACAUUUGAUUAAGUCGACACAUUUCGAGAGAUUAAGAAAAAUGAAGGCUUGCACGUUGAGUCACUCAAAGACAAUCUUCCAUUCUGACCUGGUUAUUUCCCGCGUUAACAUCCACCUCACUCCACGCCCCCUUCCCCCGGGCCCCGUUUGUGAUUCUAUGUUCUUUCCUCUUCACCAACUUCAUCUCUCUCUGUAUAAAAAAAAAUAUUCGUUUCUUGUCGGGCUUCCCCAACCCCAACUGACCCAUUCAACUCCACUAUACCAUCGACUCCAUCAAACCUUCUUCUGCACUCUCUCUCUCUCGAGACCGUCAGCCAUGAUCGCCGCCCUCCUAUUCAGCCUUUCUUUAUUCUCCGCCCUCGCCCCCUCCCUUUCUCAACGCCCCAGAGAUGUACGAAUUAAUUGUGGCUCCACCGAAAAGUCCACGAUCGACGGCGUAGAAUGGCUGCCGGACACUGGCUACAUAUCCUCGGGGACUCCGAAGAACGUUACGACGAAGGAUUUACUCCGAACUCUUGCCACUGUCCGCACGUUUCCAUUGAAAAACAACCUUUUCAAGAAGUUCUGCUACGAAAUUCCGGUAGUACCAGAUCGUACGACGAAAUACAUGGUGAGGACUGCAUAUUUCUAUGGUGAAAUUGGUGGUUAUAGCAACCCACGGCCACCGGUGUUCGAUCAGAUAGUUGAUGGGACAUUAUGGGCUGUGGUGAAUACAACAGAGGAUUAUAUGAAUGGAAAUUUUAUAUAUUAUGAAGGAAUUUUCAAGCCUACUGGGAAGAAUUUGAGUGUGUGUUUGGCUGCUAAUACAUAUACAGAUUCAGAUCCUUUUAUUUCUUCUCUGGAGGUUGUGCCUUUGUGGGAUCAGUUGUACAAUUCCACAGACUUUCAUACUUAUGCUUUGAGUUUAGUUGCAAGGCACAGUUUCGGGUUCAGAGGAUCGAUAAUAAAAUAUCCUGAUGAUCAAUUUGAUCGUUAUUGGGUGCCAUUUGGAGAGAGUAAUUCUCCCUCGUUGAGUUCUGAAAAUGUUUCCGUUCCCGGUAUCUGGAAUCUACCGCCAGUGAGAGUGUUUCAGACACGAUUGACAAAAGAGCAACCAGAACCCCUGCUGUUAAUGUGGCCUCCAGCAUAUCUCCCUAACUCGACAUAUUACGUCGCUCUUUAUUUUGCCGAUGAUCGUGUUUCAACAAGCUCAAGAAUGUUUGACAUAACCAUAAAUGGGAUAACUUAUUAUAAUAACCUCAGUGUGACUCCAGCUGGUGUUGUUGUCUUUGCAAACCAGUGGCCUCUUUCUGGUUUGACAAAUAUAGCAUUAACUCCUUCUACUGGAUCAAGUAUUGGUCCCCUAAUCAACGCAGGAGAAGUUUUUCAAGUGCUGACAGUUGGAGGAAAAACUCUCGCACGUGAUGUUGUUGCUAUGGAAGGCUUGAAAAAAAGUUUCCAGAAUCCACCAGUUGAUUGGAAUGGUGAUCCGUGUUUACCCCGUCAAUACUCAUGGACUGGAGUUACUUGCUCAGAAGGACCCCGAAUUCGUAUAGUAACCUUAAACAUGACGGGCAUGGGUCUUUCAGGAUUGAUCUCACCAUAUAUUUCCAAGAUGACGGCAUUGACAACCAUCUUGCUUGGGAACAAUAGUCUGUCGGGAACUAUACCCGACCUCAGUUCAUUAAAGGGAUUGACAAUUUUGCAUUUGGAAGACAACCGGCUUGGUGGUCAUAUUCCCCCAUUGCUGGGAAACUUGAAAAACUUGCGUGAGCUCUUCGUUUAUAACAAUAAUCUGACCGGCCAAGUACCAAGCAACAUUUCUGGAAAACCCGGAUUGGACCUAAGGGUUACUCCCGGGAAUCCGUUUUUGAUACUGCCGCAGUCGUGACAACAUCAUGUAAACUAGUUACUAACAACCACGCAAGAGUCUACAGAGCAUUACCAAAAUUCUCCAAAUCCUGGAAGUAAGACUAUGGCUCGUGCUUCUAACCGCAUUCGUACUGCUUCUUUUGAGAAUCGACACUUGUUUAUGGUUGUCAACAUAAAUUCUUGAAUUGACAAAUGAAAAUGUGUGUCAAAUUGUAUAUCAGCAUGUUUUUAUAUAGUUAUUUUUUGAAUGAUAUUCUCUGUAUCACAAUUUUUCUCUGUAUAACUUAACGUGUAUCUAUGUUUUAUAUACUUGAUUUACAUUUCAA